AUGGCUUUCACCAACGAAGAAGAUGUUGUCCAAUGGAUUGAAGAACGUUUAAUAUCACCCAGCACCAAACUGAAACAGGUCGUACACAAAAUCAGGACGAAAUUGAGACGACAACUAAACAACGUAGAAUUGGCUUUCGUCCAAAGAAAAUACCUCGAAGUCUUUCUUAAAUUAUGGCUAGAGGAAAGUCUUCAAAAGGCUAACGAAGACGAUACGAGCACGGAAAUGUCUACCUCAUUGAAGGAACUGGAGUCUAUCCAGUGCCUCAGAGACAUUUCUCUUCUAGACGAAGAAUCAAAAUUGAAAAUUUGGUGUGAUGGUAAACGCCUGCGUUUGAUUCUCAGUCAACGCGACGUUUUUGAAUUCGCACCAUAUUCCUCGACUUUAGUCAACAACUAUUUCAAACAAUUCAAGAUAUCUUGCACCAAAAAGAUGUUUUCUCAAUGCUUGAGGGAUAGAGACAACGCCGAGAAGCACAUGCAUUUCAUUUCGGCUCUGAGUGACUUCUUGUCGUUUGUCAAUCUCGACAUCAGAAGGUCGAAGGUGUUUGAUGAUUUUUUCCUAAUAAAGUAUGUCGUCAACGAGAUAGGACACAGAGAUAUAGCUGGUAUGAUAUAUAGAUCAUAUCUGUAUAGCGAUAUAUCUCUAGAUAUCGCUGACAGCCAGUGCCAGUACGACAGUAGCAACGGAAGAGUGUUGGUCGAACGACUAGUAGAACGUUGCGGGAUUCAUUUUAAGGACGACCCUUCGGUGGAGGUAGAAAAGUUUGUGGCAUCGGCCAAUUCAUUAGCAGCGGAUGAAUGGACACCAAGAUUGCAAUCGCUAACAGAAGAGACUUGCAGGAAACUGCUAUUACCUCUCGUUACAGCCAAAAUAACGACGGAGGGAGAGAGAAGGAUCGUUACUGUCAAAGGCGUCGCCAUCCUCGUCAGUGAAAUUAAGGAGCAAAUAAUAGAGUUGAAGGACGAAUGCAAUGCCCAAGAAGUGCAAAUGAUUGGAUUGGUAACUGUUCGCGUCGACUGCGACCUGGAGCGAGACAUCUGGCACGGAAUCAACCUGGUCGUCGUCACCGACAAACUUUUCGUCGACGGGUAUUUCAGCUGGGAUGUGUCGGGUCAGCACUGUUGUGCUCAAUCAGGCACCGCAUCUAGUGGUCAACUUCCAGGCGAUGACGGUCUGGCUGGCAACCACGGUCUACCGGGCGAGAGUGGCGGCAACGUUUCCGUCAUUUGCAACGAAAUGUUUCACGCUGAACGAUGGACAAUUUCAUCCCACGGAGGCUUUGGAAGCAACGGGCAGAACGGUGGCGACGGCAAAAAUGGAAAAGAUGGUGAAAGCGGAGCCUCGAAAUGGAGCCAAUCAGAUUUCGAAUCAAAAUUUCCAACUAUGUCCAAAUUGAGUGGCUAUUCAGCAGGUGAAGCCGUGACCAUAACAUUGCGCACACUUAAACGCAUAUUACCUCGAGAAAAUAGAGAUUAUGGAAAAGAUAUUAUAAAACCUGGAGACGAUACAGACAUAUUUUUCAUUGAGGGCACUCCCAACAACGGUGGUACUAUAACAGUUUCGUAUAAAAACGGAAUAAGCAGACACUCUAUGGUCUUGUGCAAAGGUGCAAGGGGUAAAGUUGGUCAAAAAGGAGGCAAAGGUGGACAAGGAGGCAAAGGUGGGCAAGGAGGAUACGGUGGUUCCAUCACGAUUGAAAACCUCUUCGGAGAACCGCUUUUGGGUCCGAUCUGCGAGGAAACUAGAGGAACUUUUGGUCGCGAAGGUAAAGACGGAAAAGGCGGCACGCAUGGCAAGCACGGCAAAUCAGCCGGUGAUGUUGGCUACAUUGACAAAGUGGCCAUGGCCUGGAACUGGGCAUACGAAACAAGAUUCUUCGGUUUUAACAAUGAUGUCGCGCUGGACAUCAGCUAUUCGUCAAAUGAACCAGACGACGAACCGUACGUUCGAUGCAAUCCGCACGGCCGAGGAGAACGAUACGCCACAAUCGAAUAUAGCAGUCGCUCCAACACUGACGUCGAGACCCAAGAGGAAGAGAAGACGACCAAAGGGCGACUCAAUCGGACGGAAAGAGAAACAGAGGCUGUUAAGAAGAAAGCCGUAACUCGCCAGAGUCUUGGACAGCACGUCACUCAAGUACUUGAACGCAAGCAGGUGAGCCAAAGUGUUCAAGCCAACAUGGCCUCUACGAUGGAAUCGAGUUUGAACAGGGAUGUCCAUAUGAGUGAGCGGGCUAUAGUUGAGCAGGAGAAUGAAAUUGAAUGUGAAAUCAAGUCGGCAUUCGUCCGGAGAUUGGACAGUCAACGAUUACAAGAUACUUCUCAUUCUUCAAAAAGUAAAGCAAAAGAUACUCGUCUAGCUGAAGACAUUUACGACCCAUUUUACUCUGAAAACGGAGUACAGGAAAGCACAUUUUGCACAAUUUGUUUAAAGUGUAAAUUCGUUGAAAGACUAGAAGAAGCCAAAGAUCUGCCAAUUCAAAACAGUACAGCUGUCAGGUUGAGUCCCAACGCCCUGUUUCGCUGCUUGGAACGAUUGUCGACAACGGACGGAGUCGACAACAUCCUGCAUUGCAUUUUCGGUCAAAAAGAAUCGUUCGGCUCUUAUUUAUGCCGAAAAACAGAGCCAUACCGGAAGCAAAUCUCCAACUACAUUCGAGCUAAUGGCACAACAAAUUAUCACACUUUCUCCUCCCUUAUUAAGCGUUUCGUUUUUGAAGUAAAAGAGGACGACAAAGACUUCCCUGUUGCUAAUAUCAAAAGAGAAGAAUACUUAAAGUUCAAAGAUGAUCAUCAACUGUGGAAGAUUAUGGAGCGUGUUCAAAAUGAGCUGAAGGAAGAAAUCGUCAAGUCUGAGAAUGAGAAGUUGAUUAAAGUGCUGGAUAAGUAUGGAAAAACGCUAGAGGACAAGGUGAAUUACGUCAUCAACCGUUUCUUGUCUGAUGAAGGCAAUCGACAAGACGCCGAAGCUUGGGAGGAAGUUUGGUCUUCGAGUGGUCAAAAUUUCAAAAAAAUUGUCAAGAGCCUGAAAGAAAAAUUCAAUUGGAAAGAAGUUGCCAAGUCUAAGGCGUUGAUGGAAGAGUAUGCGAAAUAUGUUCAAUCGUCGCUGACUACUCUGGGCCGAUCGGAGUUGGAAUUGAUCGCUCUGAUUUACGAUAAGAAAAUUCACAUUUACGUUAUAGAUAACCAAAACAACAAUGACGACAGUUUACCGCCAUUUAAAUUCAACGAGACACUAAAUGCGGAUGGCAGCGAGGAGCAUUUUAUUCUUUACGAAAAAGAUGCAUGGCAAAAGCUGGAAGUGAAUCCUAAGUUACGACAAUUUUUUGAGCAACGGGCUCGUCAAGCUGCAAAUUUGCGGCAACAGACUGAAAUCGAACCAGUUAAUGCUGGAAUGAAUCCAGUAUCCACAGAUUCCAACAGUCAAUCAACGCAAGAAGAUGCGGAGUUCAAAAAAUUAUCGUCAUGGUUUGAAAAGUAUUACACUAAAAAUCGACAAGUCAUCACUUCCAUCCUUAUGCUUAAUCCUCAAUACGUUGACACACCAGAUGUACUGUGUAAGUUACUCAGGCGUCAUCUGACACCAAAAGGUCACAGAUCUAUCGAUCCUGACGUCAGUUUAGUCGACGAAUUGGCCUCUGAUAUUUGUUCACUAUCGCAACGAGUUUUAGAUUAUAAUAUCAGAGACUUGGAUCCGAUUUUCUACUUGAACAUCGUCGACAAAUUUUGCCCGCAUCGCUGGAAAUACGAAUUCUUAUUGCAAGAAAUGGAAGAGAAGAUAUUGGUCGUCCUACAGCCCGAAGAGAGAAAAUCUUGGAGAUGCGCUUUGUACAAGUUGAGUGGUAGGAUGAUAUCAUUACUACGAGACCGUCUUGUCGCUUCCACAGAAAGAAAUUCUUCACUUACAACCGAGAAACUGGGAAAAACCUUGAAAAUGUUGGCUGGAGAUUUACGUUUCACGGAAGACGAUAUAAUCCGCCUUAGUCAUCUGACGAUCAAUGACUGGUAUUUCGAACUCAAGAGCAAAAUGUGGGAAAAAUUAGUUGAUAAUUUACAUCCAUCACUGGUGCGACUUGAAGACAAGAAGGAAAUUGUCUACUUGUUGCUAGAGCUGGAAAACAAAAAAGGAGAAGAGUUUUGCCACAAAUUGGCCAAAGAAUGUCGGAGUGUCGGAAUCAAGAGAGGAUCACACAUUGCCAAACUACUCCAGCAAAAACUUUACUCGGACGGAUCCUCUCUGGUGAAUUCCGGACAAGAGAGAACUUUCAAAGACAUCAUACGAGUUAUGAAAAAAGACGGAAAUACAUCGACUGGCGUUGAAUCUCAACUGGAAGAUGUUGAAUUGAAUGUUCUCAUGAGCAAAUGCAAUGAGAUUACACUAGAAAAAAUGGACUCGAUUCGACGAUUCGACAGUCUAUCUCUAGAAGACAUCAAGUCUUGGGCCUUGAAGGAAACGAAAUUUAAAGCCAGAGGCUUAUCGCUAUACGAGUUUCUCUUCAUUUACGAUCGCGCCGUCCAAUUGAAAAUGCAAUUCCGGUUACGAGACACUCAACGAGUGACCAUCACGAGUUUAUUGUACAAUUACACUAGUUCGCUGGCUCAAGUAUCAACUGGCGAAGGCAAAUCGCUGAUUGUCGCCGGAGUGGCCAUCUACCGCGCACUUCACGGCUUAAAAAUCGACAUCAUUACAAGCAAUAGCGUGCUGGCCCUUCGUGAUUCUAGCACCUCGGUGGCCGAAGGAGGAUUACGAGAUCUAUACGAAAUUUUCGGCGUCUCCGUCUCGAACAAUUGCAGUGAAGUAGAUGACGAUCGCGUCCGGUGCUACGAUUGUUCAGUCGUUUACGGAGAAUUGUCGAAUUUCCAACGUGAUUAUUUGUUGGACACUUUUUACGGACGCAACAUUCGCGGUGAUCGAAGAUUUGAUUGCGUCAUCGUCGACGAAGUCGAUUGCAUGUUGCUAGACAGAGGCAACAACAUGCUGUACCUAUCGCACGACAUCCCAGGUAUGGAGAUGUUGGAAUCGCUCUACGUCUUUGUUUGGGAAAAGAUUCGAACUUCACGCGCCAGUUUGGAACAAAUCAAGUCGGAUGUUUUAUACGAUCUCUUUGGAACUAUUACCAAAGACGAUUUUGAAGCUAUCGAUUCCUCAUUAAAGAACAAUCCAUCAAAGAAGAACGCGAUAUGGGCUUACUUGAUCGAAAAUAAAAUACUGGACGAACGAGGGCGACUGAAAGUAGAAGAUGUGGAACAAAUUCCAAAGAUCAAUUAUCCCAACUCCUGUCUAAACCACAAAUUGAAUUACUAUCUCAGGAACGUCAUUGAACGUGAUCGCCGCAUCCGGAUACCCGAGAGAUUUUUGUCCUUUGUUGACCAACACCUGGAAAGCUGGCUGGCGAACGCGGUGAAAGCACUAGUACUGAAUGCCGACGAGCACUAUGUCGUCGAUCAGGACAGAUCAGGGACCAGUCCCGACCUCAAUCCCCAGGUUAUUAUCAUCGAUGCCGACACCGGAACCGACCAGACAACGUCUCAGUGGGACGGUUCGCUUCAUCAGUUUUUGCAACUCAAAGAAGGAUGUCAAAUUUCGUUGCAGAGUCUCAAAGCGGUUUUCAUUAGUAACGUCACGUACAUCAAACGUUACGACAAACUGACCGGUCUUACUGGCACGCUAGGAUCGCAACCGGAACGGGACUUUUUACAACAAACGUACGAAUGUGAUUACUUUACUUUGCCAACGGCUUAUCCUAAAGUUUUCACUGUCAAGCGAGCAAAAGUGGUCAAGACGGAAGAAAAAUGGCUGGAUGCCAUUGCGGAUGAAACGCGUCAGACUAUUUUGAAUGAAAAAGCUCGUUCAAUGGUCAUAUUUUGUAAAUCAAUCAACGACGUGAAAAUGACUCAUCAACGGCUAAGAGAGGUCUUUCAAACAGAAAUUUCGACAAAGAAAAUGAAAAUUCAUCACUACACUCGCGACUACGAAAAAUUUGAAUUUGAAAGCAACGAGCUGGACGUUGGUCACGUCAUAGUGGCGACCAAUUUGGCCGGACGAGGCACCGAUAUCAAAAUUAGCCAAACAUUGCGCGAUAAUGGAGGAUUACACAUAUGUUUGACUUACCUGCCGGAUAACGUGCGGAUCGAGGAACAAGCACUAGGUCGUGCGGGUCGAAAAGGAGCGCCCGGAAGUGGAAUCCUCAUCUUGUGUGAAUCACCAGAGACAAUGGACACGACUGGCUCUUGGGGAACCUGCAAGAUUUUUGACAUGAAAGAAGAGAGAAAUCGUCAAGAAUUGCAAAGAAUAUCGAACUUAGCUGACGAUUUCUACCGAAAUAUUGACAAACAGGAAAAAUGUUUUGAGCAGUUUUCCAGGCAUUACGCGAAACUCAAGCGGCAAUUGGACGGACAGAGGGACAGUGUUGAAAUCGACAUGAUUUGUUUAAGCGCUCUUGACAGGUGGGCUUUAUGGCUUGACUCGAUCGAUGAUGGCAAAACUUUCGAGUCUCAGUCCAUCGAAAAAGUGUUGAAGAGAUUGAAAGACGAACUGAUUGACCAAUUGGAAGUGUCAAGUGAUAUCAGCUGGGUCACUCCUGCUCGUUCAAUUGUUAUUGCUAAACAACUGGCCACACGCAAAGAAAAACCUAACGUGUCAAUGGCGGCCACCCUUUUAGAUCGACUAAUCGAAUCAAAAGACCAAAGUUUCUUCUAUCCAGCGGCCCAUUAUUAUCGCGCUCUAGUGAUCGUCAAGGAAGGAAAAUUCAGGCGGGAAAAAAACAAAUUUUUUCGAUCUUUACGCACCGCUGAAGCCAUUCUUGAACAGCAUGUUGAUUUGCAAAUGUCUUACUCGCAAAUCGUUAGUUUAACAAUGACAAAGUCUGGCGCAGAAAACUCCUUUUGUGAUAUCGAGGCCUAUAAGCGACAGAAGGAAAAUGUUAUUAAGAUAAUGGAGCACUUCCAAAGUUCGAUUCGCUCUUUGCUUGGCAAUCAUUGUUCCGUGGCAGGUCUCCAAGAAGCCGGAAUCGACGAAAUCAAAGUGGAUGUCUAUUUUGAAAAUCUAGAAAACUCUUCCAGCGUCGUUUGUCACGUUAACGACGCCGGCUCUGUACCAAAUCGAGAUUCCGCCAUCCAACAAGUAGCAGAUGUUUAUGGAGUUAAAAAAAAUUCCCUUAUCCAAUUUCUAAACUCAAAUGAACAUUUGACCAACAUAACUGAAAAAGAAAUUGAGAAAAAAUUGAAAAACAGUGGUAUGAUACAGUGCACCAGAAAAGCAUUUUGGAACUUGCUGGUCAAGAACAAAGUCUUACACGAUGUUCACAAGUGUGCCAUCCUGUCUGUUUCCGAUUGCGAUGGCCUUUCUGGGUUCGACCAAAGUCAAAAGAUUAACGAUGAAAUUGGAAUGGCCAAUUACGUUCUUUACAAUCCUACAUAUUCUAGUCAGACGGACUUGCUCGAUAAAAAGAAAGUUUUAGUUCGCAAAGAUUAUCUUAAAUCUAUUCUCUCUACUAAAGAAUAUCGCCACAGGAAGAAAAGCUUCGAAUCUAAUAAAAUUGCCUGGGUCGAUUUCAAGAAACUCAAAACGGUCGAUCUGAGAGCCCUCGGCCAGCUAAGUUUGGAAGCUUUGAAUUACAGCACCAGAAUACAUCCGGAAGACUGCCAACACAUUUGGAAUGCUCUACAAGUGCAAGGGAUCAUUGACGAUCAAGGGAAUCUUGCUCAAGAUUACAAGGAUCAACAGUUUUGUUACCCUAAAUGUCCUAUUUACGAAAAUCCUGUCGGGAGUUUAGUAAAAAGAUUUUUUUUAGCCGAAACGGUUAGGCGCCGAUGGCUUAACGAAAAAGAUAGUGACCGGUUCAAGGCGAUAGCUGGUUUAGCACUAAAAACUUACCAAGACAUGCUGUCGGAUUUAAUGAGAGCACACAUAAUCUCUGGUGCCAGAGUGAAUGAAAAAAAGAAAGCGGGCGAUUUGGAAAAGGCUGUUAAGGUAAUCACGAAAGACAAACAGGAUAGCGGACGAAUUGUUACGUUCUUGAAAAACCACCAAGCCGUUUACGCCGCCCUGGAGACGCCCGACGCUGCACUGGAAUCCAUCGAAACCUCCAUCCGUCAGAGAAGUGACAUGAACAACGUUUCGACGGAACUAUACGUUUUUCGUCUCCUUGGCUUUGAUCAUGUCAUUGAAAUGAAGGAGGAAAAUAGGUCGUGGAAAAUGAUUCUAAGAGCUUCCUUGAUCAUUGCUUUUGGUGUCGCUCAGGUCGCUCUUGGAGCACUCAUCCAAAUGAAAUUCGCUGGACUAAUGACUCACGUUGGUUCGGGACUGAUGUCCGAAGGCGUAUCCGACAUUCUUUUUGCCGUGUCAGCUCUUUGGUCUGGAAACAACUUCACUUGGGCUGAUUACGGUCGUCACAAACUAAUGAGCAUCGCUAUGACUGUCGGGACCAUGGGAAUCGCUGCUGUCUUUUCCAGAGGUGUGAAAUUUUUCAAAUACGGAUACAAAACAGUGGGUCCUGCUUUCAAGGAAGGUGGGAAAGUAGCAGCUCAAAGCGCAAGUGCAAUGAAAUUGACGGCCGGGACCAUCGUGAACCAAGUCGUGAAAACCACCUGCAUCAAAAUCGGCCAGGGCGUUGCUUUAGGGCUGCUCAACAAGCAAAUAGAGUCAAUUGUUAACAGGCAACUUGCACAACUUUGCCGUAAACUAGGCACAACUCUCAUAGCAAAAAUCAAUAAAGCUGUCGUCGAAAACUUCACAAAUAUGAAUGAGACGUUGAACCGCCUCUACAGGUUGCACGGGCCAGCUGAAGCGCAGCGUCUUGUCUCUGAAAAAAUGCAACAGGUCACUACCGGCUGGGUCCAGACAGGACAAGAAUGUCUUUCAAAAGUUUUAAGUGCCGUCUCGUCGGGACUGAGUGAAGCUCUUAGUAAAAGACGCAUGCUUAGCGCCGCAAGAAACAACGUAUUUAAAAUAGCAACCAAAGUGAUGCAAGUUAUCAGCAUGUGUGUGGAAAAAUUCAGCAUUGUUAUCAAAUUAGUCGACGUGUUGCUCACGCGCACCACACAGUUUCACUCGGAACUCAAAAAGUGCAAUAAUAAAUCAACAAAAGAACUAGGUGAUUUCGACGCUAGAGAAGUGGAACGCUUUCAAAAAAAGGUGCAAGACGAAAUGAAAACUGCACUGGGCAGGGAAGCUGGUCAAAUGAUCGAAUCGUGGACGACACAAAUGUUACAAAGUGCAGCUAAACAGGUUGUCGUGUCAACGGCACGGACAAUCAAAAAAGUUUAUCGAGACCACCAAGAAAAGGGUUACCGUGAAGAGUUGCAAAAACUUCAAGAAGAAAGAAAAAAGGCUAGCCAAUCUUCAGGUGAACAUCAAGGAUCAAAUGAAGCGACUCGAUCUCCACAGACCCAGGCCCACGUCAAAGCUUGCUUGGCGCUGAUGCGCAAGACCAAAGAUCCAAGACUCUUUGCUGCCCUAAUUCGCGAAGGAGUUCCAGCUGACCGAUUCUGUGUCAACGCGCUCUGUAGCGCAUUGCCGGCUGUGUUGCAGAGUCUGGGUGUUGCUAACGCGGAUGUGGCCGUUCGAAUUGAGAGUUCCGACGACCACUUUGUUCACGAAAGUGAUCCUGCCAAUUCCAAUGCUAUUGUCAUUAAAGUAGAACGAGCAGUCGAUGGCCAGUCAAUGGGUCACUUUUACAGCAAUGAUGGCAGUGGUCCUAGUUCUGGAAAUGGUUACGACUGCUUGUUUCACUGUCUGGCGAAUCAAAUUAAAGCGAACCACAAUGUAGAAUUGAAUCCGACCCAGUUGCGUGAAGUCGCUGCCUCAAUGGUUGAGAAGGAUCCAUCUGUUUCUCAGGCCAUCCGCAACGGCUGGCACAAGUAUACUCUCGACAAGGGAUUUUACGGAGGAGGUGAACAUUACAGAAGCUUAAAACACUCUUAUGGAUAUUGCGACCGGCACGGAGAGACUAAGAAGUAUUCAAAGAAGGACAUAGUCGAAUCUGAUCAUCAGCCCGCUAAAUCUAUGUGGAAAUUUGCAAAAGAUGCCGGCAUAAAGAACAUGGACGAGAACGAUUUCCCAAGUAUGAGUAUCCCAAGAGAGCUGCAUAAAGAAACGUUGAACUACGCUGGAAAAGCGAAAAUAAACAGUAAAUUCAAUCAGCAACAAAAGAAAUUCAUGCGGGAAGGCAAGUACAAGGAAGCCAUGUUUCACGCGGUCUAUAACAAUUGGCUACAACCAAUUUUCGGGAGGGAGUCGGCAGAAGUCAUAGACAAAGUUUAUAAAAAUUUGAUCACCAAUUAUGUGAACACUGCUUUUAACGCCAACAUCAUUGACUCUGACGGAGUAGAAUAUCUUAAAAAAGAAUUUACGAAAAUAUACAACGAAGCUCUGGCUAUAAAAGCCCGAAAACGUGCACAGUAGGGGGACAGCUUAAGGUUUUUUUUUCUCUUCAAGUUUUUAAAUUUGUCUGUCAAAAUAUGAAAAUUGGAAAAGCAAAUGUAACUAACCAGUGCAAAGCUGUCGUACAGUUUUUGUUAGCCAGCAACUAACCCAGUUUUACCUAUUAUUUUCAUUUGGAUUUUAAUUUUUUGUUAUCGAGUUGUAACUUACAAAACACAAUUCUUUCUGUUCGCUGAAUUGUUAGUGUGAUAAACAAACCUUUACUGUAAUAAAAUUAGAUGUGCUUACCAGA